GUGAUGUUUAUCAAUUGGUACGCGCUGGUGGAGAUGCUGCUGGGGCACAAGCGACCUGCAUCGCUGCAGACUGGCGGUGGCAGCGGUGGCGGCAGCGGUGGCGGCGGCGGCGGCGGCAGCGGCGGCGGCGGCGGCAGCGGCGGCGGCGGCGGCAGCAGCGGGGGUGCGUGCGCGCAUCUUGGUAGCGGAGGGGGCGGGAAAGGCCACGUGGAGGAGGAGAGCGCAGCGCCGCCCAUGAAGCGGCGCAAGCGCGCAGGCUGAGGAGCCGGCUGGCGGUGUCUAGGUAGCGGUCCGCGGUGGGGCUGGCAGGGCAUGCGUAGCGGCAUGACAAGUAGUGCGGCUGUUGACAACUGUUCUUCGUCUGGCUGCGGUUGGCUCUGCUGUGGCAUCGCGACUGCUAGAUAGGCACCUGGUUUGGCUAUGUGCCUGUGGAAACCGACCCCGGCUAUGUCCGGGCGAUGAGGUUGUUCGGCCUCAGACUGUGGAGGGGCUCAGCCCCUUUUCCCGUGACCGGGGAACACUUGUCGAAGGGGGGCUUCCGAUUCUUUGAAGGAGGCGGCGGCCGUAAGCAAGGGGAGGCGCGUGGAACAGGGGUUUGGCUCGCGUGGUGAGUGCGGAGUCGUGGUACAUGAAGCAUGCGCAUGGGCGCUUGGCUAGUCCCUUCCUGUCAGGUUUGUCGCAUUUGUGCACUUCAUCAGGCACGCGCUGGGCUCUGUGCGUGCUGUGCAGCUGAAGCUGCACUGUUUCUGCAUGGCGUGCGCGCCUAAAUGUGGUUGUGUCGGUGGGGCCCCGGCGUGUCCCAAGUACGGCAAUGGUACUAACCGCGUGCCGUUGCUGUGUGGGCAUGCGGCUUCCGGCAUAGGUGUUGCACGCGUGCGUGGCGUUGCAGUGCGGCCAACAAGUGGAUAGCCACCGCACCGUGCUUGAGAGGUCGGGAGUCAUCAUCUGCUGGGUGUACUUUCUUGUGUCAUCGAUUAUCUGAGGUGGAGGCGGACGCAGGCGCGCGCCCGGCGCAGCGCUGCGAGCGGCGGCGGCAGAGGCGGCGGCAGGUGCUGCUGCCGGCGCUGUUGCUGUUGCUGCUGUGCAGCAGGGCGGCAGCGCAUGUGGCUGGAACGGACAAUUUGCAUCUGCCCAAACCUGCCCCGCCGUGGAGGAUGGCACGCCAUGGCCAGCUGCGUUGAGCAGGCCGCCCAAGCGGGGCGGCAGGAUUGAUGGCAGUGGCUGGAUUAGCGAUGGCGGGUGAUGGGGUGCGUGUGUGCCGUACCGUAUGUAGGUGGUGGAGUCUGGAGGACAGGUUGAGCCUGUCCUCCCCUGCCAUCCGCCCUAGGUCUGUGAUGUGAGGACUGAGGAGCUAGAUAUGUUGAUCCCGUCUUAGCGCUAGCCCUCUUACACCGUCCUGAGUGGUUCGUCUGUCCGAGGCGCAAACUCAGCAAAUUGCUUCGGCUUGUGGGGACGUGGCGUUGGCGAGAGCCACGAAUGGCUCUGAUACCGUGGGGGCAUGUCGCACCCGUGGAGGGCACUGUAAAUAUGUGACAUC